AUGGCCACCCGCUGGGGCAUCUGCUCUGCUGGCAGGAUCAGCCACGAUUUCCUGGUGGCCCUGAAGACCCUCCCGGCCACGGAGCAUAAGCCCCCCCAGGCUGUGGCCAUCGCUGCGCGUGAUCUCGCCCGCGCUCAGGAAUAUGCCCAGAAACACGGGAUCCCCCGAGUGUACGGGAGCUACGAGGAGCUGGCGCAGGACCCCGACGUGGACGUGGUCUACGUGGGGGUCAUAAACCCUGAGCACCUGCCCGUGGGGCGGCUCUUCCUGGGGGCCGGGAAGCACGUGCUGCUGGAGAAGCCCCUGGGGAUGAACACGGCGGAGGUGAGGCAGCUGGCGCAGCUGGCCCAGAGCCAGGGGGUCUUCCUGAUGGAGGCGUUCUGGACCCGCUUCUUCCCCAUCUCAGAGCAGAUCCGCCGGCUGCUCGCCCAGGGGGCGGUGGGCGAGGUAAAGCUGAUCUCGGUGACCGUGGGGCACCCCAUGGAGAACAUCCACCGGCUGGUGGAGAAGAAGCUGGGGGGCGGCGCCAUCCUGGACGUCGGCUGCUACGGCAUCCAGUUCGCCAGCAUGGUCCUCGCGGGGGAGCGGCCGGAGUCCAUCGUCGCCUCGGGCUUCCUCUACCCAUCCGGUGUGGACGAAACCACCUCGGUGAUCUUGAAGUACGCGGGCAAGCGCCAGGCCGUGGUGUCCUGCACCAUGAGCGUCGAGCUCCCCAACCAGGCCUGGGUCUGCGGCACCAAGGGCUCCAUUGAGCUCCCUGCCCCCUGGUACGCCCCUACCACCAUGAUCGUGAACCACCAGCGCCAUGAGUGCCCCCUGCCACCCCCCCCCCAGCCCGUCAACUUCUCCAACGGCACCGGCAUGCGCUACGAGGCCCAGCACGUACGCGAGUGUCUGCUGCGAGGCCUGAAGGAGAGCCCCAUCAUGAGCCUGGCCGACAGCGAGCUGGUGGCCUCCAUCAUGGACACGGUGCGACAGCAGCUUGGGGUGACCUUCUCCGAGGACCAGCAGGGCUGAGCGCCCCGGCUGCCAGGGGGACGCGCCCUGGUUGGGGGGGGGGGGUGUGUGGAGUGGGGGCCAGUAUCACUGAAGGGGCUGCAAUAAACAGGACCCUGCCCAGCUGUGGUGUGACUCCUUGUGGGACAGAGCUGGGGGGGAUGGCGGGGAGAGAGGAGCGCAGGACGCCUGGGUUCUUCCCCAGCGAACACACAUUUAUCUUACAGCCAUCCCCCCACAGCACCAUCCACCAUCCCAGCAAGCCCCCCAAGCUGAGACCAGGGCACCCUCUGUUGGGCAAACACCCUCCCCGCACGCACACCCCUGCCAUCAGAGCAAGGUACAGCCCCCCCUUGUGGAAAGGCUACCCCAGAGGAAAGGGGGGGUGGGGGAACACCCUCUAACAGCAGGCUGUUGCCAUGCCUGCACCCGUCCAGCAGGGGGCGUUGCUCCUCCCCCACAAUCAGUCUAGAACAGGGGUGGGCAAACUUUUUGGCCCGAGGGCCACAGUGGGGUUGCAAAACUGUGUGGCAGGCU